AUCGUCCCAAAACCAACCAGAACGGCUCUGUGAUCGGAACCGCCGUUAACAUCAAUUCAACUAUGCCCUCUGGUUGCAGUAUCAGAGCUCUCUGGAUCAUCAACAAUCAAGAAGCUGUUGUUUUCUCCAGGAGGUUUCCGGUCGUCGAGAAGCAAUGGUGCUCCGUUUACAAGUCGGAAAACGAAAACACUCCUAGACUUCCCACUGAUCAGCAAAUCUCCAACGCUUUUACUCGAAGAAAGAGACGGGAAGGCUCUACUCGUGGAUAUGGUAUACGUGUUGCUCAAUCCACCAAAGGAUCGGAUUCUUGGGUUGAUGAUCCCAUCACUCGUCAUAUUAUCAGCCUUUGCUUAAGCGAAGAAGAUGAUGAUGAUGAUGAAUCUGAUAAAAACGAGAGGAACAUUCUCUGGCCUAUUGCCCUGCACACUAAAGCCCUUUACUCUAUCCUUGUCUUGCCUUUGGUUGAGCCAAAGGAGAUGAAAGAUUACGUCAAGUUAUGUAGGAGAUCUGAUUGUGGACCAGCUGUUGGUGAAGAUUUGAGUUUGUCAUCUCUCUUGCUUAACAUUUCAUCCGUUACAGGGGCUUUCAUGGUGGCUCAUGCAUUUGGUGACAUCGUUUCUGGUGAUACUGUGGAACCUGAGGUUGUUGUAAGUGCGUCUCCAUCAGUUGGUGGGUUGUUUGAUUCAAUAACUGGAAGCAUUGGUAUCUCAUCGAGGCCAAAACCUGUAGCUGCACCGCUUGCAUCUUCUUCCCCGUCUGGAGCUGCAACGACGGGAGCCACAGCAUCAGAUGCUCCCAAAACAGGGUCGAGGUUACUGGAUAGAGAUUUGCUUAGAAAUUUUAUCGCUACUGCUAUGCCGUUUGGUACUCCAUUGGACCUCAGCUUGUCUAAUAUAUUUGCUAUGAAAGCGAAUGGCUUUUCCUAUGCUGAUCCUCCUCCCCAAGAACUAAAGCAACCAGCAUGGAAGCCAUACCUGUACAAAGGAAAGCAAAGGCUAUUGUUCACAAUUCAUGAGACGGUUAACGCUGCAAUGUACGACCGCGAUGAGAUUCCUGAUAAUGUAUCUGUUGCGGGACAGAUAAACUGUCGGGCAGAGCUAGAAGGGCUGCCUGAUGUGUCGUUUCCUCUGGCAGGGCUGAGUACAGCCCACAUCGAAGCUAUAUCUUUCCAUCCAUGUGCCCAAGUUCCAGCACAUGGGAUCGACAAGCAGAACAUUGUUUUCCAGCCUCCCUUGGGUAACUUUGUUCUCAUGCGAUACCAGGCGGGUUGUGGACUCGGACCACCAGUGAAAGGGUUCUAUCAGCUGUCAAUGGUUUCAGAAGACGAGGGUGCAUUCCUCUUCAAGGUGCACCUCAUGGAAGGUUACAGGGCUCCUCUGUCAAUGGAAUUCUGCACUAUUACUAUGCCCUUUCCACGGAGACGGAUAGUGGCAUUUGAUGGGACUCCAUCAGCUGGGACUGUUUUAACCACAGAGCACUCUGUUGAGUGGAGGAUUCUGGGAAGCGGACGUAGUCUUUCUGGGAAAAGCCUUGAGGCUACUUUCCCCGGGACAAUCAAGUUUAGUCCAUUGCAGAGUAGGAGAAGAGGGGAUGGGGAUGAUGAAGAGAGUGAGGAUGAGAGCGUUGAGAAUGUGGUGAACGCGGAGGACUUCUUGGUGCAGAAAAUGAACAAGGAUCUCCCAGCAGUUGAGUUGGAGGAACCGUUCUGUUGGCAAGCCUAUGAUUAUGCCAAGGUCUCGUUCAAAAUUGUCGGGGCAUCUGUAUCUCGAAUGUCAAUCGACACAAAAUCAGUCAAUAUCUACCCAACCACAAAGUCACCGGUUGAGUUUUCUGCUCAGGUGACUUCAGGGGAUUAUAUAUUGUGGAACACAUUGGGGAAGGCUCCAUCAGCAGCCGUCGUGUAAUUCCCCCAAGUCUCGACCUCACUGAAAUAAAGAAGAUGAAUGUUUUUAGUUGCAAGUCUGUCUGGCAUGGAACAUGUGACAAUAAAACUCAUAAGGUGGUUAUGUUCAUGAA